AUGAAAUAUCCAACAAUAACAGCAUGGUUGCUGUUCAGCAGCUCAUGCAUGGUUCCCUCUGCCGAAGCCGGAAUGGGAACCUGCUCUGAGACCGAGAAAUGUGAAACAGGAUGCUGCUCAAAGGAAGGAUUCUGUGGCUUUGGUCCUAGCUUUUGUGGCAAUGAUGUCUGUAUCUCAACAUGUGAUGCAGUAGCUGAGUGCGGUAAAUACGCACAAGUCCCUGGCACAGAGUGCCCAUUAAAUGUGUGCUGUUCUGAAUUUGGAUUCUGUGGCACCACGGCCGAGUUCUGUGAAAAAGGAUGUCAGAGUGGGUGCGAUCCAGUCAAUCGGCCGUCUUGCUCAGGAACAUCAAGUGAAGCGAUGUACAUUGGAUACUAUGAGGGAUGGAACCCUGAUCGGCCGUGCGAUGUCGUGCUGCCGGAGAAUAUCAAUGUUAACCCUUGGACUCAUUUGUAUUACUCAUUCGCAGGAAUUGAUCCGUCCGAUUUUACAAUCACCACUACUAAUGCCAAUGACAAGACGCACUGGCCCAAGUUCACUGCAUUAAAGAAGAAGAAGCCCUCACUAAAGACGUAUAUCUCGGUAGGAGGCUGGGACGUUGGAGGCAGAGUCUUCUCUGAUAUGGUGCGGUUUCCUGGUACACGAAAGGCGUUCAUUGACUCGGCUAUCUCCAUGAUGACCGAAUAUGGCUUUGAUGGGAUUGAUAUUGACUGGGAGUACCCUGCUGCUGAGGAUCGCGGUGGCGCCCCAAGAGACACUGCAAACUUGGUGAAAUUGCUUUCUGAGCUCAGGAGCGCAGUGGGAACCAAAUUCGGCCUCACAGUUACCUUACCAUCCUCGUACUGGUACCUAAAGGGCUUCAACAUCGCCGAUAUGGUGAAAUAUAUCGAUCAUUUCAACUUCAUGUCUUAUGAUAUCCACGGAACCUGGGACGGCCGCACCAGUAAAUGGACGAGCUCUGUUGUUAACCCCCACACAAACCUGACCGAAAUAUCCGCUGGCCUUGAUCUUCUGUGGCGCAAUGGAGUGGAACCCAGCAAGGUUCUGCUCGGUUUGGGGUUUUAUGGGCGCUCCUUCAAACUGGCCGAUUCCACCUGUAACACUCCUGGUUGUGACUUCUACACCGAGAACCAUAGCACUGGAGGCGCGGUCGCCGGCGAAUGCACCGGAACCAGCGGCUUUCUAUCAGACUAUGAGAUCAAUCGAAUUAUCAGUGACUAUUCAGUUGAUGUCCACUAUGAUGAGGCUGCUGCUGUCAAUUGGAUGACCUGGAGUGGAGAUCAGUGGGUUUCUUUUGAUAACGGUCAUACGCUCAAGCAGAAGGCUGACUUUGCCAAUGGUAAAUGCUUGGGUGGGCUCUUCAGUUGGGCUCUCGACCUUGGUGGCCCUGGCUCUAUGAAAAACCCCAACGGGAUGACGGCAGAUGAUACUAGUAUGGACGGGGCGAGUGCUGAGGGAGGCAGUGAUGGAACCGGUCUUCUCUACGUGGGACAGGAGAUUUUUGGUGAUUCACCCACCGUGACUGCCAUUGCCCCUGUCAGCAUUAUUUUCCCUAAGUCUAUUAUGAGUAUCCCGACAACUAUUGACUUUGGAGCCGGUUAUCCAACCUCCUUGGAGGUGGCAUGGGGGACCACCAAAACAGUCACUGUUGAUGGUAUCACGACUGUCACUUCGACAGUUACGCGGUAUAUAAUGCCGACUACUAUUUCACUACCGCCUAUUACCACAGACACUGUCUACUACUAUAACUGGAACAUUAGUGAUAUUGUCACUACCAGCAGGGGGCUCCUUAUUCCAAGUUUUGAGAUUCCACCGGUUAUAGUGACCAAUCAUCCAAACCCGCUGAACGAGACAAGCGUCACUCACUCACCCCUUGCAACUCGCACAGUCAGUAUUCCUCCAUGGCCGUGGACUACUGAUGGGACCCAGUAUCCUGCCAUCACGUUUACUCAAGGUCAUCCUCCCGGUCCAACUUGCACCGCCAAUUGCGGCCAUAAGUGUUACAGCUUUUGCAAUGGACCCUGUCUAACUGACUGCGGAGUGGGGAGCACAUCCAGUUUCGUUGACCCAGAGGAUCCCGAUGCUCCUUCGGUCAGCAAAUGCUCAGGUCCUGGUUGUUUGAAUGGAAAGUGCACUGAUCGUGGGCUCUGUAUUGAGAGAGGAUGUACUGGCAAGGACUGCAAGAACCGGAUUUGUGUUGGAGAUGAAUGUAUUCCCACAGCCUGUACAGGCCCUGACUGUGACAGUGGGCACUGUAAUGGUGAUAAAUGCCAAGACCACGGUUGCAUUGGUGAGGAUUGCGAUGGUAAGGCUGGCAAAAGCAACAACAACGACAAUGAUGACAACAAUGAUGACGAUGACGACAGCCAUGGCGGUGGAAGAAGCUCAGGCCGGUGUUUUGGGAUUUUCUGCCUCUCUUGGGGCUGUUUAGGUAGCCAAUGCUCCCACACCGACUUUACCUGCAAAGGCCCCCAGUGUCGUGUUGUAACAUGUUCCGGUCCCAACUGCAGUAAUGGUGUCUGCACGGGAAAGGGCUGCAAGACCGAGGAUUCCGACUGCGAGCACCAAGAGGCAGAUAGCUGUACAGCAUAUAUAACCAGUCAGCUGAUUACGCCUGCCUCGACCUAUUCAACCACUACGGUGACUAGCCGCUGUGAAACUAUUACGGCCUGCGCGGCUAGACCGACGACGGUGACCAGCACUAUGGACGAGAAUGGUUUGAACGAAGGCACUAUUUCCAAUAUUGAUUACGCCAUGAGUGAUGAUCCAGCGCUCGCAAGCUAUCUUGAUGAGCAAUUGAGCAGCUUCUUCGACUCAGCGUUUGCCACCGCCACAACCACUACCAGCACUACGAGCACUACCGAACCCACAGCCUCUUCAACGAAGACGACCUCUACAGCACCUACACCAUCUGAAACAAGCUUCAGCUGCUCAGGCUCCAAGCGAUGCAAAAGCUUCCCCAAGAUCCACUCCUUCUGCGAUAUGGCCAAGAGCUUCUUGAAAGACAAUACAUUAUACGGCAACACAAAAAAAGGUAUGGACAGUGGGACCUGUUAUACGGACGGUAAGAAUGCCGGUUUCGGUUGUGGUGUCUUCGUGGAAGGCGAUAAGUGCCAAAUGACCGGGGCUGAAUUGGCUGCUACCUACGAUCAUAUUUUUCAACAGACUGGCGGAGACUGCAAAAAGUGCGGCCGUGCAUAUUUCGCCAAUGGAUGCGAGGUGCACGUCGACUAUGUCAGUAAAUGCCAUACUACAAAUGGCAUUCUGGUGCCAUAUCCAGGGAAUGGCUCUGAUGUCAUGACGGCUUCAUCCUCGGCCGCCCCAACCUUGGCGUUGGAGGGCUGA